AUUCUUCAAUAUAAUUUUACGAGAUUUCUAUACGCGAAUGUCAGUGUUCACCCACAGCAGUCAUGAUGAAAUUCACGUACAAGUUAACGUUGUUUGCCGUCUUGUCCAUUAUCGGCCUAGGCCAAGCUCAUCAGGCUCCGGAUUUCGGCAAAGGUCCUCUUCAUGAGGAUAUGCAAGAUAUUCUGGAUUUAAUACCUGUUAAAGAAAUUAAUAACAUUUGCCAGGAGUACUUAGCGGAUCCUGAAAUACAAGCUGCUAUGCAAUAUAUCCUAACGACAACUAUAAUCGAAGACUUGAUGUUAGAUUUCGAGGCUAUCCCCGAAGUGAUCAACCUUUUUAAUUAUCUGCAAAAGGAAGGAAUUGAGAUUUACUUCUUAAUAAAUGAAAUUAACAAAGCUCUUGGCAUCAAGGAACUCGAACCAUCCAUUUCGCAUUCUGCGAUCAAGAAGAGGACUGGUGGAAUCGCCGGAUUUUUCAAAGAUAUCAGAAAAGUGCUUCCUUCUGAUGACUUUAUUCACAUCUACGUGCAGAAAAUGAAAACCUCUCGAACCUUCGUCAGAUAUAUCAAUCAACUUAAGUCCAAUAAUUUCCAACAGAUUGUCAACAAAGUUCACAAAAUUAAAUCCUUUCAGAUCAUUUUAAAUGGCCUUAAGAACAGCGGAGUAAACACGCAAAUUGUAGCGGAUGUCAUGUUCAUUGUUCUUGGCAUUACUGUACCAAACUAAAUUAUGCCUAUUUGCGCAUACGAUAGAUGAUAACUUUUUAGACUUUCUGGAACUUAUACCGGUAGAAAAAUAUAAUGAGAUAUUGCUCAUUUAUAAACGAGAAUAAAAACAGUGCAAAUCGUUCGUAUAUACUUAUUUAAAUCGACUUUCAUGAUCAGUUACGUGCUGUCGAAGCUCUUAAGAAAUUUCAAGCACUCAUAAUAUAGUUGCAAAAAGCUGGAUUAAGUGUUGUCGAUUAUAUUCCACAAGGCUAUCGGCAUGCGAGAGUAUAUAUAUCAUCUAAAAUAGACAGUAUUUUUAAAUCUCAGGUUUUGGAGUGCAGAAAAUCGGCGAUAGAAUAAUAAAAAUGCUCAAUAAUUUUUAUAAUAUAUUACCUUUGAAAAAAAUCAACGAUCUUUACCAAAAAGAAGCUGCAGAUUUUCAAAGUUUGUGCUGAUUUUAUCGCCAAGUUAAAAUUGCCAAAGAUCAUCGAUAAUUUAUACGCUACUAAAAUUUAAAUAUAAAAAAGAUAUUUUAAAGACCAGAGAAGAGAAAGAGAGAGGAAAGAGAGAGAGAGAGAGAGGGCAGAAGGAUUGGAACUUCAGGUGGUGAUAAAAUCAUAUUAGUAUCAAUAUAUAUAUAUUAUAUUUUAAACAUUAGCAAUUUGCAAUUAUAUUGCGUAACAUGUAAAUGUCAUUGAUAAAUAUAAAGUUUCGAAUUAAAUAAUUAGUUUUUUUUGUAAUUAAUAACAAUUUUAUAUUGCUUUAUAUGUAAUGUAGACCUAUAAAUGUCUAUAAUUAAUAAAUUAUUUUAUUUAUUUUUUAUGAUGUACUAAAGAGCUAAAUUUUCUAAACAAAACAAACAUUUUAUCUACCUAUAUACUAUGAACUUUAGUACAGUAAACUUUGCACAACGUUUUGUUCGAUAUCACUUUCUUCUUCAGCUACUUUUUUUUCGCUUCUACUUAAAAUUAGCUUUGUCUCCUUUCUCUAUCACAACAGAAUGGUUUAUCGAUGAUAGCACACAUUAUUUUCUCCCUGAAUAAGUUAUAUCAUCACUAUGUGAUAAGAUUUAUAUGUAAUAUAUAAAAAUCUUUUGUUUACAAUUGCUAAAGUUAGCAAUUUUAACACAAAUAGAAAUUCCGUAUAAAAAGAUAUAUUUAAAAAACUUAUUAUGUAUUGAUAUAUCAACUUCUUUGUGUGUAUUUUCCGCGUUAUUAUAUCGAUACAAAUAAAUUAUCACAUAUUGCAACAAAACUUUGUAGAAAUAAAACCUUGCAUAGUAAAGCUUCAAAAAUUACUUCAAAUAAAGAAGAUAUCUA